ACCGUUUCUACGCCUCCUGGCCGAGCUGCGCUGCAAGAUGUUUACUCAUGUCGCAGACUCGGUUGUCGUUGCUGGAAGGAGAGCUUCUUACAGUGGCACCGCGCUACGGUCGGUGGGUGUGCGGGCAAGUCAAAGCCGGGGUGCCGUCUCGCACUGAGUCUUCGAGAAUUCUACUCAUCGAUUCCUGCACCCUUACCUGGGCAUUUUUUGGGGGUGCUGCAGUGUCAGGUCAUGAUCGAGGUGACCACAUACCAGACCGUCGAAAUAUGCAUAGAUAUAAAAUUGGGGAAUUUGGGAGUAGACUAUUGGAUCAGCAUCAUUCCAACCUCCCAACCCUGUUUGCGGGGAUCCGUAUCGUCGUCAUCUUUGGCGGUCAAAGAGAAGGGAGGGGACUGACGGCUGGAGAAAAGGAGGAGGGACGUGCUAACCUGGCCGAAGUGUUAGGAAAUGCAACUUUGGAAGUUAUGCUCCAUUGGGACGACAGGGGCGGUCAGGACGAGUCAAUGUCUCGGGGCCGGGAAGGAUAAUAGCGUCGUCGCAAGAGGAAAGCACAGGCGAACAGUACUGCGACCUCAAUCUAACCUGUAUAGCGAUCUGGUUCUCAAGGUGAAGGCGGGUAGUGUGCCAAGG